AAAUGGUACUACUUCUCCAUUUACGAAUGCAUUCUUUUAUUUAUUUUUAACUUAUUUCCUUUCUUAAAACUUCUUCUUCUUUAUUACAUUAAAAAAAUAAUUUCAUAAUGAAUGAUGAUGAAUACAGAUUAUUACAAAAAAAAGUAUUGCGUACAAAAAAAGACUUGAAAAAAUGGGAACAUGUAUUUGAAGAGAAACAUGGACGUCCUGUAACUGUAAAAGAUAUUAGUGAAAGACCUAAUAUUGAAAAAUUUUAUAAAAAAUAUAAUCAGUUAAAAAAAGAACUUCAGAAAGAAAGUGAAGCAAGAGAGAAGAAAUCAAGUCUGAAGAGUGACCAGACAACUUUAGUUUCUGAUGUUGAUAGUCAACAAACAGCAGAUUCCCAAGCAUCUACACAAUCAGUUCAUUUAUCUAGACAAUUGACUCAUGAAAACAUUUCUAUUGUUGGUUCUUUGCAGCCAUCUGAUCUAGAUAGAAUUAAUUCAUUCAUGACGCAAGAUGGUUCUCAACAAGAUCAUUUAAACAUGAAUGAAGUUAACAAUGACCUUAAAAAUUCUUUAACAUCUAGUCCUACCAUGUCUUUAUCUAAAGUCAAUGGAAGACCAUUAACUGAAGAAGAAGCCUUUUGGCUAGAAACAACAUCUACUUCUUCUUCUACUACUGCUACCACUACAGCCUCCCCUACUUCUACUAUCAUUAGUUUCUCCCAACCUUUACCUCCAAAAACAAACAUGUUAGAUGAAGAAGAUACAGUCAUGACAGAUGUCCCCUCUACACAACAACCACGUUUAAUCUUAGGCAGUUCACAGUCUAGAAAGAAUCCUUAUUUAUUAAAGACUCCACGUCGUAUUCAUAACCCAUAUUUACGUAGACAACAAUUAAAUCAACAAGCAAAACAACAACAUCAAAAUAGUCUUAAACAGUACUUUAUGACACAACAACCCCUCUUAGAAGGAAAACCAAAUCAUUAUACUGUAUCCAUGUCACAACCCAUAGAUGAUUAUUAUUCAGAUUCUAUGAGGAUGAAGCUAACCGAAAGUGAUGAUGAUGAUGAUGAACCUUUCAAAAUAGAAGAACAUAAAAUAAAUCCUUUUAGACAUUAUGAUCCUUCUUUAUUUCAUUCGGAUGAUCCUACUUUCUCUGUUGGUCCUGGUUUCUUUAACAGUAACAAGGUCUACAGGUCCUUUAUGAUACCAUUCUUAAACGAGCCUUCUAGAAGAAAGCGCGUAUUAAUGAAACUUAAAAAAGGAACAUUAGGUCUAGUUUCAGCAGAAAAUAAAGCUAUGGAAGAAGAUAUUGAUGAAGAUCUUCGUCAUUUUAUUGAAAUGAAUAACAUGAAAAAUCCAAAUAAUUUUGAAUCUUCUAUUACACCUAUUGAUGAAAAAGUAUUAAAUGAUAUUCAGCCAGUAUAUAAAAAGAAGCCACUUCAAAAGAGGCAAACAAAGUUAUAUAAAUUGAAAUUCGUUAAUACAUAAAAGUACGAUCUUUAUGCAUAGCUUCUCUGCUUAUUUUAUUUCAUAGAUAAAAAAAAAAAAAAGAGAGAAAAAAUUGCCUUCUAUAAUAUUCUGUACAUAAUAUAAUAAAG